AAUUCAAAGAAAAAUAUGAAAGUAUACAAUGCCGUUAACCGUGCCUGGAAUAAACGAGUUUAUCUGGAUGCAGCGCGAGGAGAAGGUGAAUGCAAUACUUUUUUUUACAUCAUGUUUAUAUUACAACUUCGUUAUCCACAGGCAUGCACAGCGUUGUUUCUUCUCGAUAAUUCCCAUUCAAUCUCUGGGAUAUACAUUACAUCGCUCAAGUGCAAGCUCGACAACAGAAAACUAAGACUGAGCUCCAUUAAAAGAGCUGACUCCAUUAAAAGAGCUGACGACAUUCAUUCCUUAACUUUUAAUUGCGGUGUCACCAUUAGUGACUAUGGCCCUUCCAUUGCCAAAGGCCAUAAACUAUACGAAAAUGGGGCUACAGACAAUAAUAAUACAACUGAUUAUUUAGACAAGCAGUCAUUUGCAAGGGUGUUCAAUGUGGCGGCACUGAGAGUCUCUGCAGAGGAAUGCCACGUACUUCAGAACAGAUUAAAGGGUCAUUUAUUGAACUGGCCUCGAAUUCAGAACAUCGCUAGGGUUCCGGGCGAUGACAUAGAACCGCAUUUGGAAGAGCUUUUUAGUGCUAAAGAUGAAGGGAUUUUAGCAGUUGCUGAAGAAAAUGAAGGUGAAAAUGCUGGCGAUCCCGACCUUCUGCGGAGAGCACGAAUUGCGCGAAAGUUUAAUAGCAGAGGUUAUAUUCAUUUCAGGAAGCUCUCCCAAAUUUCACGGCCCAAGAAGAAGGAAAAGAAGAAAGAGGAACAGGGCUCAAACAAUAAGACAAGGAGGAUUCACAAUAACAAGAACAAACUUGCAGUUGUUGAAGUUAUAGAGGAGGAUAUUGGUGAUGACGACGAAGAUCUGAGUGGCCUGCUGGGGAAAGAUUACAAGAUUAAGGAAUGGAGAGGGCCAACGAGAUUAUUACUUUUGGAUGAACGCCAUGCAAAGAAACCCAUUUCAGAGAUUCCACAAGCUGUGCAGGCUGUAUUGAGAGGAGAUGGUGAUCUACGUGGAAAGAUAAAGCCUGAGCUUGUCCAAUGCAAGUUAACUUUGUUUUAUGACUACUGGAAUACACAUGAGGUCUUACAGGAAUUGCUUCCAAAGGGAAUGGUUGUACCAACUGCAUUUGAACUUGUUGGCCAUAUCAUACAUUUGAACUUGAGAACCGAGCACCUGCCAUAUCGCCAUUUGAUUGCACAGGUAGUGUUUGACAAAAAUAAGCCAAAGAUACAAACAGUUGUCAACAAGAUUGAAGCAAUACAAAAUGAUUACCGAACAAUGGAACUUGAAGUGCUUGCUGGAAAAAAUUCUCUUGUAACAUCAGUGAUAGAAAAUGAACUUUGUUUCCAUGUUGAUCUUGGCACUGUGUAUUGGAAUUCGAGACUUGCAACAGAAAGACAGCGUCUUAUCCACAGUUUUAAGCGUGGUGACAAUGUUUGUGAUGUCUUUUGUGGUGUUGGUCCAUUAUCCGUUGCUGCUGCAAAGAAAGUGAACAGAGUGUAUGCAAAUGAUUUAAACCCAUCUGCUGUUAAAUAUCUAUUGAAGAAUAUUGCUUGCAAUAAACUUCAUGGUAAAGUUGAGGUCUUUAAUCUGGAUGGAAGGGAAUUCAUUAAAGAAAUAUUUGGACGCGAGAAGCCAGUCUAUAUAACACAAGUGGUCAUGAAUCUGCCUAAAGAUGCUGUUGAAUUUCUUGGUGCAUUCAGGGGUACAUUUAAAGAUGAACACAGGGAUAUGCACCUACCUUUGCCAACAAUCCAUGUCUAUGGAUUUUCUAAGGCUUCUAGUCCAGAGUCAGAUUUUCUUGAGUGCGUAGAGAUUGUGUUGGGUGAGAGUCUGGGUGCUGUGGAUAUACAUCGUGUUCGCCUUGUUGCACCUGGUAAGUGGAUGCUUUGUGCAACAUUUCCUCUUCCAAGGAGUGUUGCAUUUUCUAAAUAGAUCAAACCAGUUUUAUUUGCACCUUCAAAAAUGUCGGGGUUUCUAAAUUGAAGUCAUUAACCUUGUAAGAAUUGUCAUGUUAGUAAUUCUUUGUAGUGUACAGGGCUGUUGAGGUUUCCUUAGAAUGCAGUGUCAAACUAUGCCUAGGCAUAGCAUGUAUCAAGUUAGUCCUAUUGUAAUUUGUUUUGUAAUUUAUGGUAUUUAACAUCAUUAAUACCAUGUUAAUUAAUUUUUUUUGUAGCA